CUCAUAGUCUCAUUCCAAUUUCCAAGUCACAGAGCAAAACAGAGAAGAAGAAGAAUCAUCAUCAACAUUCAACAACAACUACAUCACCAUCAUCAUCAAUCAAUCAACAGGAAUUCAAACACCAAUGAAGGGUGAAUUAGAGUUGCCACCUGGGUUCAGAUUCCACCCAACAGAUGAAGAAUUGGUGAACCACUACCUCUGCACAAAAUGUGCUGGCCAAUCCUUCAACUACUCCGUUAUCAAAGAAAUCGAUUUGUACAAGUUUGAUCCAUGGCAGCUUCCAGAAAUGGGUUUUGAUGGCGAGAAAGAAUGGUACUUCUUUUCUCCGAGAGACCGGAAGUAUCCGAAUGGUUCCCGGCCGAACCGGGCGGCCGGGAGCGGGUAUUGGAAGGCUACUGGAGCUGAUAAACCGAUUGGGAAGCCCAAGGCGUUGGGGAUUAAGAAGGCACUGGUGUUUUAUGUGGGGAAAGCACCUAAAGGAAUCAAAACGAAUUGGAUCAUGCAUGAGUAUCGUCUUGCCAAUGUUGAUAGAUCAGCUGGAAAGAAAAGCAACUUGAGGCUUGAUGAUUGGGUGUUGUGUAGAAUUUACAACAAGAAAGGGAAGAUUGAGAAAUACAACACCCCCACACCAAAGUUUUCAGGUUUAGGGGAGGUUCAUGAUAGUUAUGAUGAGCAUGAGCAUGAGAGGAAGCCAGAGAUUCAUGAUCAAUUGUACAUGGAGGCAUCAGAUUCAGUGCCCAGGCUGCACACGGAUUCGAGUGGCUCGGAGCAUGCGGCUUCACCUGAUGUCACGUGUGACAAGGAGGUGCAGAGCGAGCCUCAGUGGAAUAAUGAGCUAGAGUUCAAGCUGGAUGAUGGCACCUUUGAUUUUCAGUUCAGUUUCUUGGAUGAUAACAACAUGUCGGUGGAUGAGUACCAACUGAACCAGUUAUCACCGUUGCAGGAUAUGUUCAUGUACCUGGAAAAGCCAUUUUGAUUCUUCUGGUCCAAGCGUUUGUAUGAAUUGAAAGUGAAAGUUUUUGGGAAGGGGGAAAGGGUUUUGCCUAAUUAGUUUGUAGGAAAAGUCACCAUUUAUGCAAUUGCACCUAACUACAGCUUGUGAACCAAACAAACAUUGAUGCACGUGCGGUAACUACUCUCAUUCUCAGCUCUUGGGAGAUAUGGGAAGUUUGAACUCUGCUGACAUGGACCAAUUGGAUUGGACCCUACUGAAAAAAAGGAAAAGAAAAUGAGAUUAGGCCCUGUUGUGUGUAAGUAGUGAAAAAUAAGAAGCAGGAAGAUCUCAACAGGGUGCUGAUCCAUUCCAAUGGAUCAUGCAAUGUUAGAGUGUAAAUGUGUAGGUGCAACCGUGCAAGGACUCUUAGAAAAAUUCUUGUUCAAUAUUGUUAUUGUAGUGGGAUUUUUUCAUAUCUUUGUAAUAUACAACAACUUGUACUUUUCAAUUCAAAGGAAACAAUUGAAUGAAAAUUCUUAUAUUCAAA